AAGAAUUUCGAAAACCCUAUCCGCAGCAAAACCCUCCACCCAUCUUCGCUUCAACCUCUCUUCGCUUCAACCUCACUCUGCCACUUCUUGACGCGAAACGAACUGCCAUUGUUUUUGGUUGGAGAGUGAAAAAGAUGAGAGCCUGCAAUACCCUAAUCCGCACAUCUCAAUAUAAACUCCCUUUCUGCGCUAAACCUUUUUCUCCUUUCCCCCUUCGUCCCCCCUCUUCAGUUCAUUUAUGGACGAGAAUUAGUCCCUACAGAAUGCGCGGAAGACCCUUUACUUCACCGCCGGAAGCCAUCCCUCUAGAAGACCAACCCCCGGAAAAUUCUACCAAAGAUACGGUAGAGCACCUGCUGACCCACCAAGAUGAAGUGGUAAGAUUGAUGAAAAUGGAGCGCAGGUCGACCAUGUCAGAAACCCAUAACCGGUGGUUCCCUUACUUGGAUAGGUUAAGGUGUGGGAGCCAGUACCUGAGCAGUGAGGAAGUGCUGGAGGCAGUGGCCCCAAUCAUGAUGGAGGAGAGGAAGCAGAGGUUGAAAAGAGUGGUGAUGAGCCGGAGCUACUCCGUGUGCUUGGUGGUGGAGGGUUUGAGUGAUUUUGGAAAUGUUUCAGCUGCUUUCAGGUCUGCUGAUGCACUUGGGCUGCAGUCUGUUCAUGUGGUAUCAUGUGACAGCUCGAAAAGGUGAUACAGAGAUAACCGUCAUGUUAGCAUGGGUGCAGAGAAAUGGCUGGACAUAGAACUUUGGAACUCACCUAAAGAUUGCUUUGAUGUCCUAAAAUCACGUGGCUAUCGAAUAGCCACAACUCAUGUUGGAAUGGAUGCAGUAUUCAUCAAUUCUCCCUAUCAUUUGUGCUUCUUAUUAAAAAGUCAUUUUUAGGAUAAAGUAGGAUCUUUUUCCUUGUUUGCCUGAAUGAAUCCAUUUUUCUAAGCUCAAAUUUGGAACAGCUACUGAUACAUAAGAGUUAAAUAAAUGGAGUGUCCGGUACUGGUGAUUCCAAUAGUUGUUUGUCUGCUAGACAUAAUGCUAACUUAUUUGGUGUUAUUUCUAGGUAUCCAUAUAUGAUAUGGACUGGUCUUGCCCCACUGCAAUUGUAGUUGGGAAUGAGAAUAGGUAAUUAAAUAUGUAAAACACUAACAUUUACCUACAAGUCAUGGAUGCUAGCAUGAUGGGGAAUUAUUAUCCCUCAGAUGUUCAGUGGUGGUUAAGGUUGGUGAGGAUUUGAUUGCAGGGGCAUUAGUGAUGAGGCCCUGGAACUGUCAGAUUUGCACUGUAGUAUUCCAAUGAAUGGCAUGGUGGAUUCUUUUAAUGUUUCCGUUGCUGCAGGCAUCCUUAUGCACCAUGCCGUUUGUGACAGAACUUCUCGCCUGGGUCGGCAUGGUGAUCUGACAGAGGAAGAACAACAAAUCUUACUCGCAGAGUUCUCAUUGCGUCACAGCAAGAGUGCGUUGAUCAUUGCACAUGAAUAUGCGAAGCAGAAAGCAGCAAUGCCUUUUUCGAAGCUGUAAUGGAAAGAUCAGCUGCAUAAUACAGGAUUCACAGUUGUAAUUUGUUCAGAAACUGCCUCCCAAGAAUCCUUGUUGGACUACAUGCAAAAAAAAUGGGGUUAAAGUUUGGAAGACUGAAGUUUUCUCAAUCUUGAAGUAUUGAUUAUUACUUAUUGCUGCUUCAAUUUAGUCUCCUAAGGAAAAAAUUAUAGAUGCAAAGGACAGAAAAGACUUACAUUUCUCAAAUUUAAUUCGUUUCUAUCUAUUUAUGGCUGAUAAAUCUUGAAGUUCAAGAACAAAAAUAGAGAUUUUCCUAUCGCUUUUAGUAGAGCUACUAGUUAGUUGUGUAGAUUUGUGUUCGUUCUUGAACUUGAUAAGCUUGCAAGGAACUUGACAAUCUUAAAAAACAAAUAAAUUUUGUUAUUUUAA